GAGAGAGAGAGAGAGCGAACACGCGGAGAGAGAGAGAGAGAGAGAGAGAGAGAGAAUGUCGGUUGAAUCAUCAGCUGUUGACACUACUAACCAGCCGGGAGCACGAGCUAGCAAUGAGGAGCUAACCGCGACGGAUGCUUCACCUCGUGAGAAGGUAAGGCAGCCGGGGAGAUGGUCACUCCGUGGCAAGACGGCCCUGGUCACGGGAGGCAGUCGCGGCAUCGGGCGUGCGGUGGUGGAGGAGCUGGUGGCGCUGGGAGCGGCCGUGUACACCUGCUCCUUGGAGGAGGAGGAGCUCGGCGAGCGCCUCAAGGAGUGGCAGGCCAUGGAGCUCCCCGUUGCAGGCUCCGUCUGCGACGUCUCCGUGCGUGACCAGCGGGAGCACCUCCUCCGCGAGGUCACCGACCACUUCGGCGGCAGGCUCGACAUCCUCGUAAACAAUGCUGGGACAGCCAUAAGGAAAUCAGCUAUGGAGCAUUCUGCAGAGGAAUACUCAUUUUUGAUGGCCACUAAUCUUGAAUCUGCAUAUCAUUUGUGCCUACUUGCUCAUCCUCUUCUGAAAGCAUCUGGGUCUGGAAGCAUUGUUUUUAUAUCUUCAAUUGCUGGAGUGGUUGGCUUGUUUAGCGGACCUAUUUAUGGUAUGACUAAAGCUUCACUGAACCAAUUAGCAAAGAACUUGGCAUGCGAAUGGUCGAAGGACAACAUAAGAACUAACUCUGUUGCUCCAGGGUACAUCUCGACUUCACUUACAGACCGAAUUUUCUCGGAUAAGGAACUGAAGGAUAAUAUUGUGAGGCGAACCCCAAUUAGGCGUGUUGGAGAACCGGAGGACAUAUCCUCCAUGGUUGCUUUUCUUUGUAUGCCUGGUUCGUCUUACAUUACUGGCCAAACGAUCCUUGUUGAUGGAGGUAUGACGAUUAAUGGGUUCUAUCCGAAAUACGACUAGUUGCCUGAAGCUCAUAUGUCCCAUGCUGUCACGGAAACGGCAACAGCAGGUGAUGGUGCUCUUGAAUGUCAGACUGCGGACUGCCCUUGCAAUCGCAUAGCUAGCCUUUACCCGAUUGUAUCAUGAGAACCAGAAUUUGUAUUCCGUAUGAUCUACUUUUCAAUUCUAAAUUUGAACAAGAGACUGCUCCUAUUUUUUAUUCUUGCAAAUAGUUGAAUUUUGUGUGGUGACA